UGAAUAUGUAGACUUGUCUGAUAAAUAAACAAUUAACAACUGCAUUCAUAUAGAAAUCAUAACGCAUAAACAUGGAAGGGGAAUCGCGUAUUUCUUCUGGUGGAUUUGACUUGACCAACAAAACAUUUCAGGAUUCUCCCACGAUGGAGGGUCAAGCAAACCAUACCUCCCGAACUAAUAUAGGAAAUAAUUUACCGGAAGUGCAAAAUAUCACAGAAUGUCCUGUGUUGUCAGAAAUCGGAGCGGCGGAUAAUUUGUCAUAUGACGACAGCAAUGGUGUAGAUCGCGUUGUAUCGAGUUGUGUUCCUAUAUGUGAUCUUACAAUGGGACCAGAAAUUGAAGUUUCACACUAUCCCAUGCCCAAAAAAACGAUGCCAGAUUCUUCAAACCCUGAUGCUGAAAAACAAAAUGUUUCUGCCACACAGCAUUCACAAACAACAAACAAACAAAGUUCUUUUGACAAUAAUAAAAGCUGUAAGUGUUCCUGUCAUCACACUCAUCUCCACCACCACCAUCAUACAAUUGUUAUAAAUGGACAACCUGCAAACGAACUUGUUGGAAACCCUGUACAUGCGGCCAUAACCACGCGAAACGUGCGAAAUUCGCCAAGACUUAGUGUGCUAAAAACGGCCUCAUGUCCAGCGUGGGCGGAUGGUGCUCCAAAAAAGGAUCGCCCACUUCAUUCCAGAGUGUUAUUAAAUGAAAGAAACUUGCAAACUAUACAUGUAUCUGGAAUACAUAAUAACGUUAAUCGAAAUAAUAACGUUGAAAAUCCUAACGAAGAUGACGAACAUUGCAAUCAUCAAAUUGAACAGCCUGGAAAUUACAGUUACAAGUCAGCCAUCAAGGCGAAGAGAAAAUGUUGCGGGACGCUCAGCAAGGGAAUGGUAGCAUUACUCGUGGUGCUUUUUGUUGUCAUUUUGUCUCUUUUAUCAGGAUUAAUAUAUUUCCUUGUUCAAGGGAAAGUUCCAGAAUCGCAAGAAACCGAUGUUCCUAAAGUUACCACUGUUUUAAAUCAAACAUCGAUCUGUGGAAAAUAUCCAGCAAAAUAUUUGUCAAUUUCCAGUAGGACAAUAACAAAUGAUAACUCUCUAUCAAAUUCACAUCCACCAAAGAAUGACAAUCGAAUUAACAUUACACAAGCAGCGCGUAUCAUCGGUGGAAUGCGAGCGAACAUUCGACAAUAUCCUUGGCAGGAAUUUGAGAUGGAAAACCCGAACUCUUCAAACGGUCCUUCUAAAACGAAUCAGAAAAAUACAGCACCCGGAGAACUAGUAGACGGCUCAAUGGUACAAGGAAGAAUAUAUGGUGGGCGACCGACCACCGCGAUGCGCUUUCCCUGGCAGGUUUACCUUCACGCGGCAAGUUUGUGGGUUGAACUUCGAGGAAUGACAUGUGGAGGAUCGAUCAUACUGAACGAUUGGGUUCUCACCGCAGCACAUUGUACAGACGCUAACCCUGACCCUAGUUUAUGGACGGCAUACGUAGGAAUGUCAAUGAUCGCCAAAAAGACGGAGCCACCUGCUCAGAGCUCAAAAAUAAUCAAGAUAAUUCAAAAUCCACAAUAUGUCAACGAUUUCUCAUAUGACUACGACGUGAGCCUUAUGAAGCUUGAGACUCCACUGACGUUCACGCCAACGGUACAACCAAUAUGUAUUCCGCAUUCAACUGAUGAAUUUGAAGAUGGGAAAAAAUGUUAUAUCAGUGGAUGGGGGGCUACAACUAAUACAGGUCAAGCAAAUGCGCCUAAAACUUUACAACAUGCACAAAUAAAUAUUAUUGGAGAAGAAACUUGUACACAUGAAGAAUGGUUAGGUGUACUAGUAACUGAUCGAAUGAUUUGUGCCGGAACUCACGAUGGAAGUAAAGAUGCCUGUCAGGGAGAUUCCGGUGGCCCAUUGUCCUGCUACGACACUACGAGGAAAGCGUGGGUAUUAGCAGGCAGUGUAAGCUGGGGAAUUGAAUGUGGUCAACCAAAGCAACCAGGAGUUUACACGAAAAUGACAUAUUUUGUUGACUGGAUUUGGACCGAAAUUGGAAAGUCAGAAGGCUGGAUUGAAGACAAUACUCCAACAUCAUCGGGAGACGGCUCCACUGACUAGUUUACCUAACGAAGGUUAAAUCUGAAAUAGCAACAGAAACUCACAUGUAUAUUUCUUGAUGAAAUACAUAGAUCACGCGUUGAUGCGUAAUCAGUUUGCAGCACAUGGCUGCCCAAACCAGAGACUUAUUGCCAAUCGAUAUCCACUAUCACGUUUAUGAUUUUACCUUAUUUAUUAAACACUAAUUUACUGUUUUAUUGUUGCAUAUUAGUUUUAUUAAUCUUUUUUCGAUAUCAUUUCGUUCCAUAUCCUUUCAUUUAUAUCAUGUUCUUUUUCUCUUUUCAAUAAAUAGAAAAUUUAACC